AUGCGAUUUGCAAGGAUGUUUCGUAUCAUGGGUUUAAUUUUGAUUCCUCGAGACCACCACCGACUUUGCAUGAAAAAUUCGCAACGAGUGAAACAUUGCCAAGAGAAGAAGAUUAAAAAUUUGCCAUGGUCGAAAAUAAUUAAAAAUAUUUCAUUCGACAGUAAAUUUAGAACUGACGACUUCAAUUUUGUUCUUCGCUUUUAUACUUUCAAUAGCAAAUUGAAAUUGCCAGAAAUUCAUUUUAACGACGAAACAUUUAUGAAUGCUUCAAACCGGUGGCUUUUGUUGUGUGCUGUGGCCUCAUCACAAGUGCACACGAUUUCCAUUGCGGAAAAGUAA